AUGGCCUCUCUGCCCGGCAUCGCCGUCAAGUUCAGGGCUGCUGCGAACCGCUCCAGGCUGCCCGAGCCACUGCGUCUGUUCGCCUAUGUCUUCGAGACCGACGCCAAUGACCUGGCGUGGUACGACGAGGUGUACAACGUUAUUACCUCCAGCGACCCUGACCACCUAUCUGCGCAGCACUGGUUCGGGAGCACGGCCUUCAUCAGAACAGUAAAUCUGAUCGCCACCGUGCACCAGCUGGAGCAGCCCACCGAUGCUGUCGCCGAAGUACCGAUCAGGAAAAUGGUCAUACACUGCCUCGAAUGCAACAACCAGCUUGUUCGACUUCACCCCAAUACCGAGUUACAGUACCACCCCGCGCUGGCCCAUUGGGUCAAGACUCUCCUUCUAUGGGACCAGCCAGAGACGCUCGAUAGGUUCCCAGAGCAGAAUUAUGAAGCCCAGCUUCUCCGGGUCGUUGUGCGGUACAUCAAGCACAUCAUCCUUGAGAUAUCCCAAUCGCCCCAGGAUGCUCUCAACAAGAUUCCCAGUCCGUCUUCGUUCCUCAAAGACUUCAAACAGAAUUCCCCAGAGCCCAAGUUCAACAUCGGAAACUAUAUUGAGGUACUGGAUAAUGGGGGCAUUCCCUGGCGCAACUGGUACAGGAACGACGCCGUGGAUGAUGGCAAACAGGCACGAGCUCAUGGAAUCAAAUUAUACAAGCCGUCGCCCGAAAAUGAACAGAAGACGAUUUGGACACAGCGUGAAGAAGAUAUCCAAGAGUGGUAUGCCCCAACUAUGGGGCCAGAGGCAGUACCAUCUCGUGAGACGGCGCCUGCUAAUAUCUCUAAGGCUGAAAUCCACGCUGGGCCACGACAAAGAAACGAACGCCUAACUGCGGAAGAAAUCAUCGAGAUGUCACGCAAGGAGCCUGAUCAAGCCCAGCAGAUGCUUGUGAACCUGCCCAUCGAUCUGGCUUCCAUGGAGAUCAUCAACGGUGUUCUUGUUUCAGGCCAAGCGAACUUGGAAAACCCCGUCAUCGCCUGCAAUUACAUUCAACAUGGCCUCCGUAAACUCGAAGACUCAUCCAGCGACGGCAGCACCGGAACAAACGACUCCGAGGAGCCUUACUCGCCCUCUCUUGACCCCGAAGAAAGGAAACGAAAAGUGAAAUUGCUAGUUUUAUUCAUCAGAAACCUUAUACGACGCGGACUGGUGCCGGCUGACUCGCUCCAAUACGACAUUCAGGAAAUCUGCGUUCGUUACGCGCCAAUCAAAGAAGUCCGGGAUUUGAAGCAUUGGUUUCAGACGGGCGAAGACCUUUGA